UAGAUGAUCAACAUCUUUGUUGUGGGUUCACUGUAGUCCUUUUAACGAUAACAGGAACCAACACGGCACUGGAUGAAGCGUAAAACGAUCGGUUCACGUACAGAUUUUGUUUUGGAUUAGAAACGAUAUACUUGCCCAUAUUCGGUUAGUUGUGUACUAUCUGCAUCAAUCAGAAAAACAAGUACGUAAUUGUGAUAAGAAGUUAUAAGCUGCAACAAUACAUCGAUAUUACACCGGUUCAAUUCAUAUUUUCGAACUAACAGAAAAUGUUGAUCCAUCCCAUCAACAAAUUACAAUGGGAACUAAGAUAGUAUUAUUGAUAUUAACCGUUGGCGUUGGUUGGCUUGCGCAUGUGUCUGGUACAAGUACUACGGCUUCAUUUCUUGCAGAGUUGUCUGAUGCCAUCACAACUUGUGGCGAAGCGGUUUGCCACGAAGAAACUGAGGUAUGCAAUGAGGGCACUUGCCAGUGUAAACCACACUUUGAAGGAUCGAUAGAAUGUGUACCUUGCCCAGGCGAAGGACAGCCUUGCAGAGGCUGUUGUGUCAGCAAUGCGCUUACCUGUUAUCUUGGUGUCUGCCACAGGUGUUCUGUGGAUAGUAAUGGAAAUUGCAUAAGCCAGGAGUCUCUGUUUUUCCUGACUGCAGCACAAGUGGCACUGGCCACCGCUAUGGUCCUUGGCGUCAUUUCGUUAAGCUUCCUUUUGUAUAAAACGCUUCGCAAUCGCUUGAGACGCAACAGUCCUGUAAUUGAAAGCGAAUUUCGUCAAUCCGCUGUUAGCCGCGUGUCCUUAUCCUCAAUACAGCAGCGUGUCGUUCGACGUUUGCGGGAUCGUCCACCAAAAUACGAAACGAGGCACAACUAUGAGUAUCAACAGAGACAAACCGAACAGAGGCAAAACAGCGAACAGAAUGUACCAAAUGAGGAAGAUCAACAACGCAGUGUCGUGCCACAAGACGGUCCUCCUCCAGCAUACGAUGGCGACACGGUUUCUUUAGCAGAAAAUCCUCCACCAUACACGGAAUCGUCCACGCAAGCAGGAAGACAAAAUGACGGUAUUGCUGUUAUAACUAUCACUUCGACAAACACUUCAUCUAAUUCAACAUCUAAUUAUGAGAGCACCAACUGUGAUUCAAGUGGCUUACAAGGCAUAACUAAUCCGACUUUUGAGCCGGACAAGUCCGAUCCACCUUCAUCGACGAUUCAAGAUUCCAACAAUAAUGUAACUGAUGCUCGUCAUAAGGAUGGAUUCUAUGAUAUUCCUUUAGUCAAUAGAGGCGAUAAGACGGUUUAUAUGUAAAGCGAGCUGUGAGCGCAAGAAUGGAGUUUUGCUGAACAGUAAGGCAUAGCUUUUCUUGUUUUGUUUUGUGAAUUUGUUAACGAUGUUGAUGCAUGUUGGUCAUAUAAACUCAACGAAUUCAAACCCGAAGACAAGUCCGUAUGAUUAAAGUCGCACACUUCAUUUAUUAC